UCCCCUUCUCCCUCACCUUUUCCACCGUCCCUUUUCCCUCCCAUUCUUCCUCUUUUUUUUUUUUUUUUUUUAUCUCUCUCUCUACUUACUACUCCCCCCGCUUCAGGUCACCGGCAAUCUUUUUCCGGCAAUGUCGGACCACACUGUAUUCGCUCCUCUUUUACCUUCCGACCACCUCCCGCACUCAUCUGAAGGAGACGAUCAAGAACACGCGCCUGAGCCGCACGUGAUUCUCACCGUCGAAGACGAUGGGGUGCAUCAAUUAUCAAACGGCGAUCAUCUGGGUACCCAUAUUUCGGAGGUAGAUGAUAACCCAUAUGCGUUUCUUGGAGCGAAUAGGUUCGACAUGCUCGGAUCCACCACAGUUGACCCGUUUAGGAACAACACACCUAGAGUUGAAGGGGUCUAUGAAUGGUUAAAGAUUGUCGUGUGUUUGCCGAUUACCUUGGUGAGGUUGGUGCUUUUUGGGUUGUCUUUGAUGGUUGGUUAUGUGGCUACCCGGAUUGCUUUGCUAGGAUGGAAAGAUAGAAGCAAUCCUAUGCCCAAAUGGAGGUCUAGAUUGAUGUGUGUUACCCGGUUGAGCGCGCGAACUAUCCUCUUCUCUUUCGGGUACCAAUGGAUAAGGCGAAAAGGAAAACCCGCACCAAGGGAGAUAGCUCCCGUUGUUGUAUCUAAUCAUGUAUCGUACAUAGACCCUAUCUUCUUUUUCUAUGAAUUAUUUCCUACAAUUGUUGCCUCUGAGUCCCAUGAUUCCAUGCCUUUCGUCGGAACCAUUAUCAGAGCUAUGCAGGUGAUAUAUGUUAAUAGAUUCUCUCCCACUUCAAGGAAGCACGCUAUAAAUGAAAUAAAGAGAAAGGCUUCUUGCGAUCAAUUUCCCCGAGUGCUUUUAUUUCCUGAAGGGACUACAACCAAUGGAAGAUCUAUUAUUUCCUUUCAACUUGGUGCAUUUAUCCCAGGAUAUCCUAUCCAGCCUGUUAUUGUGCGGUAUCCCCACGUACAUUUUGAUCAAUCAUGGGGGAAUGUUUCCCUAGCAAUGCUGAUGUUUAGAAUGUUCACACAGUUCCACAAUUUCAUGGAGGUUGAGUACCUUCCUGUUAUUACACCUCAUGAAAAUCGGAAAGAAAGUGCUGUACGUCUCGCUCAAAGGACUGGACAUGCUGUUGCAAGUGCCCUUAAUGUGGUACAAACAUCUCAUUCUUAUGGUGAUGUACUGCUUCUUUCUAAAGCAUUGGAGGCCAAUCAGGAAAAUCCCUCGCUCUAUUUGGUUGAGAUGGCACGGGUUGAAGCGGAAUUUCAUUUGAGCUCUUUGGAGGCUGUAGAUUUUCUGGAUGUUUUCCUUUCAAUGAGCCCAGACUCCAGGGGACAGGUCGAGAUUCAUCACUUCCUCAAGGUCUUAAGACUGAAACCCUGUACUCUUUCUGAAAAGAUAUUCGACUUCAUUGACAUGCAGAAAAGUGGUAAAAUAACAUUCAAGCAGUUUUUGGUUGGGUCAGCCCAUAUCUUGAAGCAGCCGUUAUUUCAUCACGCCUGUGAAUCAGCCUUUACUGCAUGUGAUGGUGAUGGGAAGAACUACAUUCUGGAGCAAGAGUUUGGGGAUUCUCUUAUGAUAUCGAUUCCUGGCUUGAGUAACAAUGAGUUCCAUGGACUCUUCACCUUAUUUGAUGGAGAUGGCGAUGGGAAGAUCAGCAAGGACGAUUUCAUCGGCUGUUUAAGAAGAUAUCCAUUGUUGAUAGCCCUUUUCUCACCAUGUGUAUUGCAACAAAUUUGUCCAUAGCUGGUCACUUGUAUGGAGAAGUGAACUAGAUUGAUGGGCAUAGGCACCGUCAAUUGUUGGUUUAGGCCUUCUACCACACAGAUAUAUGUAAGAAAUUUUGUUUAUUACAUAGUGUGUUUUAUCCUUGCAAAUAUGACUUGGGUGUUAUUAAAGUCCCAUUUGAAUAGUAAAGUUAUUUGGCCAAUAGAUACUAUUUUUAUUAAAU